AUGAAGCUCACUCUCACCAUCAUAACUGCUCUGGCGUCCGCCUCGCAAGUCUUGGCUGUACCAGCAACAAAAAAGGCCACUGCAGAAAAGUGCUACCCUCUUGAUACCACUUUCCAACUCAACGUUCCUCAUGGCUCGACCGAACUACCUCUGAUCAACUAUGGCGGCUACAUGUGGAAGAUUCCUAAGGCUGCUGUGAGAGGAACACUGGUCUCAUUCUUCGGCAACUUUCAGAACAACCAGACCACUUCUUCUCAAAUCACUACCGUCUCCAAUUCUACCACUGUCGAGGGUGGAGACUCCUCGAGCAGCGCCACUGGAUUUGCAAAUGGAACGACAAUCGUCACGACCACAUUCUCAAGCGGCAAUGCAUCCAGUGCCGCUGUCGGUGCACAAGAUACUUCAAGCAGCACUUCGACUUCAUCUUCUGGCAACGGAAACUCGACUGCUAUCGCCAAUGCAGUAGGCCAAGUCACCAUCCUGACAAACGCCACAGUAGCAGACGCCUCGAAUGCCCAAUCAGUACAAAACGAAAGGGAAGCGGCAGCAGCAACCUCUUGUGCCGCCGAUAAUGACGGUGCAUCUGCCUCCGCCGACGAAAUCACCACUGUCACAUUCACAACCGCCAACGGCACCAAGAUCGACAGUGUAGCUUAUGCAGCCUGUUCAGCAGGUGUAGUAGCACCUUCGACAGCAGGUAGUGGAAGUAGUUCUUCUGGCAGUCAGGCAAGCGUUAGCCAGGUAUCUGCAAGCGUUACCUGCGAUGGAACGACUACUACUGUUGUGGAUGACGAGACUUCUUAUGCUAUUACGGUCAAGGGCAGCUUCUGCCAGCAGUCUGGAUUCUCAGGAGCUAUUGUUGGACAGAGGGUUGCUCAUGCUGAGGCUGAAUGUUAGAAUGAGUAAUCAUUUUGAGUAAAGGGACAUGAAUAGCAAAAUUUACAACGACAAUAAGGGCCAGUGCGAUUGACUGUGCAUGCUUCGAGCAAACGCUGGAUCUCUGCGGCC